UUUAAAUGUGCGAACACUUGCCGAUCAGUCGCUACCAUGUUCACCCACAAAACCUAAGUUUUUUUUUCCUCCCACUAGUUUAAUCGAGCUCCGUUGAAGGAUAACUUUCCGUGAUGUUCCAACCAUUCAAGAUCCUCUCGUGGUUACCAUUCAUCUUGCUUGUAGGCAAAUAUUCCGGGAUGGAGCAUUCUGGAAGACCAUGUCCGCUGAUUGCAAGCGAAAUGGCAGAAGACGCUACGCCUGAAUUGCAGAUGGAUUUCCCAAGCUCAUUGAAUUCAGAUCCUCUCAGCGAGCCAAUAUUCCCCGACUCCUCUAUGCAUGGCGGCCCUCUCGGGGAGAACGACGGAUCGUUCAGGGCUACCUUGGAUAUCCGAGCGCCCACAGACGGACGACAGCUUGGCCGUCCAGCAGCAGUCCAGUUAGGUGGGGAAGCACGUCCCCGAAUGAAUCUCGAAAGGCAACAAAGGGGAUUCGUUCUUCGGGAGCGCAAACUCUUCACUCUCCUAGCAAUUGGCUGGGUAAUACUUUAUUUGAUAGUGAUUGAAUUGGCGCUUUUGGCGCGCACUUGGUUUUAGUCUAUGUCCUAGCCCUGUGUUUGAAGACUUCGGCGUUCUGUUGCAUCGUCUGAGUAUUCUUUACCCCUUCCCCCUAUGUUCAGCAAGCUACGCAAGCACAACAUGAAUGUUUUGAGAUAAUGUACCUACAGGGCAUGCAUACACAAACCCAUUCAUCCACACGAUUUUGGUCAAAGUAAUCUUUCUUAUACUGCGAUCUUUAUUGCAGACCAUGGCGAGUCUAGCCGCGCCAUUUUAAUGUGCUUGAAAAACUACUGGAUAUGUUGUUAUAUACGGGGAUUAUACCCAUGAAUAUAAAGCUGAAAUAACCAUACACAAGGAAUGAAAUACAUAGAAAAUGAACAAACUCGACAUCUUCUCAA